AUGGCAUUGCUCCUGGCACCCUACAACGACUCCAUGCGCCUGGGCAUGGGGUUUAACUCGUACACGCAGACGAUAUGCAUUGACAACGCCGUGGAGGUCAAUCCUGACAACAAGGAGAAGGUGGAGAACCCUUCGCAGGUGGUGACCUACUCGUCAAAGUUUGUCGAGCGCCUGUCCGAUGUCGUCAGCUCCAUGAACAUCUCAUACAGUGCGGCCAUAAAGAAGGGUACCAUAGAGGUAUCUGGCAAUGGCAACUCGAUCGACGAGGACAAGAUCAAGGCGUCGGACAUCAACCUUGUGAUCUCGGUCCAGGUCAUCAACCAGACAACGACGCUCAAGGACUCAGCAAAGUUCCUUCAAAUGGACGGCGUCCGAGCCGGCUCACCCGAGUUCAAUGAUGCCUUUGGUGACUGCUACAUUUCUGGCUUCAUCGAGGGUGGAGAUUUCAACAGCAUUAUCUCCAUGCGCUGCCUUGAUCGCACCAAAACCAACAGUAUCAUCCGGUCGAUCAAGAAGAUCACGAAGACAAAGUCAGAACCGCAGGACUUCUCGAUGGACUCGUAUGGACUCUCCGACAGUCUUGCAGGAUCCAGCGCUCUCAAAGAGACCGAGACGACAAUCUCAGUCAAUUGGAUGGGUGGUGGCCAGAUCAAGGACCCCAAGACCUCCUGGGACAUCGACACUGUCUACGAAGCGGCAGCCGCAUUCCCUUCCUUUGUUGCCAAAACCCCCCAGAAGACAUGGGCCAUCCUCACCAAGUACAAGGCCAACCGUAGCUUCAACCAGUGGGCCACGUCACAGAGCCUGAAGCCGCUCGAGUACGAUGCGGUCAUCUCAUAUACUGCAGAGCUCUUCAACAACUUCAUGGAGUACAAGCAGCUCAUCAAGAAGGUCCAAGACAUUAUUGCCCAUGGCGAUCAGUACACUGAGAAGCUCAAGUCGAACGGCAUUCCGAUCCACAUCAACACUCUGGUAGCUGUGCGGAGCGCGCUACGCAACGAAAUGAACAAGAUUGUGGCCGUGGUCAAUCUGCUCUCGAAGAAGCCCGAGGUCCUGGCGCAAGCGAACAGUUUCGACGUCAUCUCCAAGAACAGUCUUGUCCGUAAAAUUAUCGAAGAGGCCAUCCUCGCAUCACCAGAGUCCAAGAUCAUUUACGAUGACACAGUAACUUCAGCGACAGCGACACCAUCCAAGCCAACCCAGCCGUCGUCCGAUUCCUCCACCGGCAGCGAUUUCCUCGAGGUUGAGCAUUCGGGUAACAGCAAGACCGUAGCCACCACUGCGGCAGGCGUCAAAGAACCAGAGACACCGCACGGUGUCAAGAUCGACCUAAGUGCCCUGAUUGCACCAGAGGUCUGGGCUGACCUGCUGCCCAUCAGGACUGGUGCCAUAACGACUGAUCUCGAGGACGCUGGCGCAAACGCAGCCGCUGCGAGUCUCCUUCCCCCACCACCCAAGGAUGACGCCGUGGACUUCCUGAGCGGGAACCGCUCCAACAAGCUCAAGAUCCUCGCCGCCGUCUGCGGCAUUCACGACGUCACGCAGACGCUGCAAGAUCGGGUCAAGGGCGACGCCGCUCUGUCCAUCCCGGUCAACGAAAUCGACAAGCUCGCCCAGGGUGAGGUAUACAAGCGUAUACCUGGCAACUUCGCCAAGAGCCUCGCGUUCGUAUAUCAAUUCGGCGACGGGCCAAUGCGCAUCUGCGCAGCCAACUUCGACAAGGACUCCACAGCGACUAUCGAGGUCACCAGCACCUCGGAACACACUCAGGUCCGGCCGCGAUCCUGGAACCGAGAGACGCGGUCUAUUGUCUCGCUGGUCUACGGUGGCAGGAUCUUCAACGGCGAUGACCAGCUCAAGAACCUCGAGGACCAGAUUCGGCGGGGAUACAACGACACCGAGCCAAGCUACCACCGGGUCAUCAUCGGUAACCAACUCAUGGGCGACGACCCUUGGCCGAACAUGAACAAGACGGGCAUCGUGUUUUUCAAGGCUUCCGAGACUGGGCCCGUCCGGGCCGCCGUUGCGCUUGAGGGUGAUGAAUGUCUGGUCACAGAUCAGCCACAGCUGGCGCAGGUCAGCAAGGAAGUGGUCAAGGCAGAGACCAAAUAUUUCGGAUUCAAAUUAGACACCAAGGACGCAACUUUCCAGAUUACCAGCACUAAUCCAUGCACCAUCUUGCUUAGGCCCGGUGGGCUCAACGUCAGGACCUCCUCGUUCCCAUUCCUUGUCUUCCCAAACGGCGUCAGCUACUACUUCUUGGAGAGUGGCGACUUCGUUAUCCAAGAUGGGCAAGCAAGCAACCACAUACUCCUUGCCCCUUUGCCCGAUCCUCCUCUCGACAUGCGUCCCUCUCAGCUCAUCGCCCUGUCCGGGCUCAUCAUCUCCAGGGCCACCGCCCAGCGUUAUGAAGCCAACAUCGGCUUCGCCAUUGACUCAGACAGCUGCGGAGAUGGCUUCUAUGUUGGCUGCUCAGUCAACGCGGGCGACUGCUGUAGUGUGGGUUCAAGCUUUGCCGGCAAGUCUGUCUCGUUCACCCUGGGCAGCAGCUCCCCCAACGUGAUAGGCAAGGGUUUCACGGGAGAAGACUGCCUUGCGGCAAACUUUGUCGGCCAGCAGGCUAGCGGCACUCUCAACUACUUCUGUCUCAGCAAGCCGUCUGCGCCGGCGACAAGCGCUCACUACCUCCCUAACAACGGUACCAGCUGCGGGAGCAGUGCCCGCCUCAGGCGAGAUACUGGUCGUGCCAGCGUGAGGAGCACCAAGGAGUGCCGCUCACCCGACCACAUCAUCUUCCCCGGCGGCGCUCGUGCCAGCAUCGAGGGCCUUGCCGAGAGAGAGUACAAUGAAAUGCCAAACCCACUGAUCCGCUUCGAAGACCUCAGCAGCCCGUUUGGAAGCUAUAUGCGCCGCCUGGAUAUGGUGGUUGCGCACCGUGAUACCGCUGAUAUCGACGCCCAGCUCGCCGCUUUCCGCAAGUAGACUUGCCACUCGGUCCACCGGGUAUAAUAGGACAAGUUAAGUUUCGGUGCUACUUGCGCUUGCGAAGAUGAUGGGCGAUAUGGAUGUACAGCUGGGGCUUCGUGUUUCGGUGUAGUGUCGUUCGUUGAUCUGAGCUUUUGCAUGCAUUGUCACCAUCGAUAGACCUCGAGUCAAUUGAAACAUGCAUACGCCUGGCAUGUUUAGUCCGCCAUGGAGGCUAAACAAAACAAUGCCUAGAACUGGAUAUGGUUUCCCCGCAAAUAUAAUUGUAGUUUUCGGAUGAUGCAGGAACUAUAAAAUCCAGUUCUCGUGCUUCUCAUAGCCUUCAGUC